AUUGUAUGUGAUUGAAAAUCGAUGAAGAGUUUUAAGCUUGAAACAUUGUUUAAACAUGAGCAAUUAUGUGAGGAACGUAUGUGAUCAUAUUCAUCGAUGAUAGGUCUUUCAUUUCUAUUCUACAUACUGAUUUAGGAUUUGUCUGCUUUUAGAUGAUUUUACCUUCCCAACAUAAUAUGAAGCACGAUGACGAAGACGAUGAAGAUUUGGAGGCUCUGCGCCUUGCAGCUCUUAAGUCAUUAAGAACUAAAGACACUGUACAUACUAAAAAACAGCCACCGGCACAAAAAAUAAUUACAGAUGUAAUGCAAAUGUCUCACUCGUCAUAUAAAGGUCAGAGACCUUUGAGAAGAGGAUAUUUUCAUAAUCGUAUGCAGCAGCGACAGAACGGAAAUUUAUAUUAUCAAAGCCCACGUAAUCCAAACCUGAUAGCAAUAGUUCCUGUAGAUGAACGUUCUGUGCUACAGCAGACUGAUUUGACUUCUUUAGUGGAAAAGACUCCUCCUCCAAGCAAUGAAUCUUACUCUACAGGAGUAUCGAAAUUUCAUCGAUUUAAGGACAAUGGCAGUGGUUCAGACGAGGACGACAAUAAAGAACAAAGAAAUGUAGUUAUCGAGUCAAAAACUUAUGAAAAGGAUACCGUAGAUGUGAAAUCACCUACGAUAACUGAAAACCAGAUUGAAACUAGCAAAAGUGCGAAGAAGCUUGACGAAGAUCAAGAGGGGAACAAUGACGACGACGAUGAUGUUCUUUUAAUGGCCGAUCUCGAAGAGGAAGACAGCUUAGAACGCUUGAUGGACGAAAUGGAAAGAGAGAUGAAUGUUGACAAACCGUCUGAAAGAAAAGAAAAGAAGGGUAGUAGAAAAGAGGGGAAAGAGUGUGUGAAAAAGGAUGACUCGUUGAAGAAUGCAGGACAGAGGAACAGAACAGAAGAUAAUAACUUUCGGAAAGAGAGUCACAGUCCAUUACCAGCUGCAACUGUUUUAAGAAACGAAAGACGGUCUAUAUCUCCGCAUACGAUCAACCGAAUCUCGCAGAGACGUAGAUCUUUGUCACCGAGAUCACGAUCGAGGAAAAAAUCACCCAGACGAUCUCCGAGAAGAUCGCCCGUUAGGCAAUUGAAGAAGUCUCAACGAGAGCUGACGAGAUAUAGGUCGCCACGGAAGUCUCCAGUACGAUAUUCUCCACGUUCGCGGUCACCCAAAAUGUCGCGGUCGAGGUCACCGCGACUGUCUCCACGUAGAUCUCCGAACAAGUCCCCGACGAGGAGAUCACCGAUGAAAAAAUCGUCUCCGAGAGGAAGAUCUCCGAAACUGUCGCCGCAUUCCAGAUCUCCCAGACGUUCACCAAAAAUCUCGAAGUCCCCGAGAUUAGCACGGUCGCGCACCCCGAAAUUCUCACCCCUCAGAUCAUCACCUCAUUCUCGAUCACCUAAAGUAUCGCCAAGACGCAUCUCGCCUUCUCGUAGAUCAUCACCGAAAUCGAAAUCCCCUGGACUGUCUCCACGGAGAGGAUCGUCGCGUUUGUCACCGAAAAUGUCGCCGAGAAGAAUGUCGCCUCGAACGAGGUCACCGAGACCGUCGCCACGCCGAUCACCGUGGUCGUCGCCGAGGAACUCACCCCGCAUGUCUCCUAAGCGAAAGAGAUCACCGAGAUGGUCGCCUAAAGAAUUAUCUCGGAAGCAUCCGCGAUCCAUCACUCCAGACAGGAACAGUCCGUUGUACGCCAAAGAUCCAUCGCCGACGAUUAAAAGUAGAAUAUCCCCGGAAGUGAAUCGUGCAAAGACGAAACAAAAAGAAGAUUUAGAUGAGACUGCUUCUAUGGAAAAAGAAACUGUCGACGUGAUCAGUGACUCUGUGCUCGAAGCCAGACGCAGGAAGUUCGAGUCCACGAGGCCUAUAGAUCCAAUAAACGCGAACAAAAAGAUCAAGUUGAGUAAAAAGGAUAAUACGAGUAAGAAGGUAGAAUCCUUCGAAACUGGUGAUGUUCAAUCGAGCAACGCGAGGAAGAUGAACAAAAUUCCAGAGGACUAUGAUGUUCAGGAAACGGACUUGUGUCUGGAUACCCAUUACGAGUUCGAAGAUUUCGAGGAAAGCGUGGAAAACACGUCUCCCAUUGGCAUUACUAGCACUGUUAAUUCGUGCAUGGAUUUAGAAAGCCAAAAUCCGGAGAAAGAGAGAUCGUCGAAGAAGAAGAAGAAACGCGAUAAGGAAUUGUACCAAGUAGGAAAAUUAAAAAGCGAGCUUCCUCUCUCGGAGCGUAUUGGGAAAGACAAAAAGUGCAAGAAGCGCAAAGACCAUAUUUCGGACGGCUCCAGCGAAGACAUGGAAGCGAUCUUUGAAGAUUUGGUGGUCGACAAAGAAAGUGACUUGAGAACCGAGCUGAGUAGAAGGCGUGCAGAGAGAUUGAACAGGACGGUCCCAAUUCAGUCUGCGAGAUUAGUACAAUCUGCUUUUAAAGGAGUAGUUAAUGAAGUUGUCAAGAGUAACGCAAAAGUGAAUCAAAGACAUUUAGUUAAAGCAGAUGAGAAAUCUAAUCAAAAAGCAGUUAGACGGGUCACCGUUCUUCACAGGCCAAUAUCUAAAAUACAUGAUUCAGAAGACGAAAGUACUCUAGAUUCAAAGGUGCCCGUGCGUUUUCGUCUGGGCUUGAAUAAGCAAGACGCGAGGGAUACGAAAGUGUCACGGAAGGCGUCUAAACGGCAGGGACGCAAGGUAAACCAUAAAGUUAAUUUGGUUGUAACAGAUUCCGAGCAUAUGUCAUAGUAUAAAAAUUGUACCUCGUUCAAAGUGUACAUAAUAAUUCAUAUACUCGAAUUUCUUUAGAUGCAUAAUGAUUAUGCAUAAUUUCUGACGAUUGUAACAAUUUAACGAAGUUCUACAUUUACACACGUGCCAGUAUACGUUAUUGGUGUUUUCUGUUAAAUUAAUUGCAUCGAUCGACUUAACUGUUAAUUAUCAUUUUUGAGUAUUAGCAGUAAUGAUAAUAAAAAAAAACAGAGAAAGUUUGGACUAUUGGAUUACGAUGAAUCUGUAAUAUAUGUUUCGCAUUUGCAAUAAUAAAUUUGUGUACACUUGACUGUUUCUCGUAGUACCGACGAAGGCUAACAGAAAUCAUUAUAAUUCAGUAUUUACGUGAGAGUUAAAUAAAGGCAUAAAAAUCUUUAUUACAA